CCCAACCUCACUUGGCUAUCGUCCUCCGCGGCGAGGGGACGGCCAUGUCGUCUGCGCCACUGACAUCCACGCCUCCCCCUCUCCUUCCCGCCAAAUCCAAGAGCCCACCGCCGCACCACCCGCUCCUCUCCCACCUCCCGCACUGCACCAACCUCCGGUCUCUCGCCCAGCUCCACGCCGCCGCCGUCAAGGCCGGCCUCGCCGCGCACCCGGCCUUCGUCACCAGGCUCCUCACGCUGUGCACUCCCCCGGGCGCGCACCCCGCCCACCUCGCCUACGCCCUCCAGGUGUUCGACCGGGUGCCCCACCCGGCGGAUGCCGUAUGGUACAACACCCUGCUCCGCGGCUACGCCCGCUCCCCGUCCUCCUCCGCGGCGGCGGCGGUGCGGGUGUUCGUGCGCAUGCUGGAGGAGGGCGUCGCGCCGGACACGUACACGUUCGUGUCGCUGCUCAAGGCGUGCGCCGCGACGCGCGCGCGGGAGGAAGGGCGCCAGGCGCACGCCGUGGCGGUCAAGGUCGGCGCCGCGGGCCACGAGUACGUCCGCCCCACGCUCAUCAACAUGUACGCCGAGUGCGGGGACGCGCGCGCCGCGCGCGCCAUGUUUGACAGGAUGGACGGGGACUGCGUGGUCUCGUACAACGCGAUGAUCGCCGCGGCCGUGAGGAGCAGCCGGCCCGGGGAGGCCCUGGUGCUGUUCCGCGAGAUGCAGGCCAAGGGGCUCGAGCCCACGUCCGUGUCGGUUAUUAGUGUGCUCUCGGCGUGUGCUUUGCUUGGGGCGCUGGAACUGGGGAGGUGGAUCCAUGAUUAUGUCCGGAAAUUAGGGCUUGAUUCCCUCGUCAAAGUCAGCACUGCGUUGAUCGACAUGUAUGCAAAAUGUGGGAGCUUGGAGGAUGCCAUUUCCGUGUUCCAGGGGAUGGAGUCAAGAGAUAAGCAAGCUUGGUCAGUGAUGAUCGUGGCCUAUGCUAACCAUGGCUAUGGCAGGGAGGCCAUUUCUCUGUUUGAAGAGAUGAAGAAGCAUGGGAUAAAGCCUGAUGAUAUUACAUUCCUUGGUGUGCUCUAUGCCUGUAGCCACUCUGGUUUGGUGAGUGAAGGGCUUCAGUAUUUCGAUGAUAUGAAAGAUCAUGGUAUCAUUCCAGGGAUCAAGCACUAUGGUUGUGUGACAGAUUUGCUAGCUCGAUCAGGGCAGCUGGAGAGAGCUUACAAGUUCAUCGAUGAACUGCCAAUAAAGCCCACCCCAAUCUUAUGGAGGACGUUGCUUUCUGCUUGUGGAGGCCAUGGAGAUGUCGAACUUGGCAUACGUGUCUUUGAUAGGAUUCUGGAGCUGGACGAUUCUCAUGGUGGUGAUUAUGUAAUAUUCUCGAAUUUGUGUGCAAACACUGGAAAAUGGGAGGAGAUGAAUAGGGUAAGGAAACUGAUGAAUGAAAAAGGUGUGGUAAAGGUGCCAGGCUGCAGCUCAAUCGAGAUAGAUAACACAGUUCACGAGUUCUUUGCAGGAGAUGGAAGGCACCCCAAAUCACAAGAAGCAAGGAGAAUGGUUGAUGAAGUGAUUGACCAACUAGAACUGGUUGGUUAUGUCCCUGAUACCUCACAUGUGUUCCAUGUUGAAAUGGGUGAGGAGGAGAAGGCAACAAGCCUGAGAUACCAUAGCGAGAAGCUGGCAAUUGCUUUUGGGCUUCUAAAUACAGCUCCAGGAGCUACGCUGCGAGUUGUGAAGAAUCUUCGCGUAUGCCCAGAUUGUCAUUCGAUGGCAAAACUUGUCUCAAUGGUCUUCAAUAGACGAAUUAUACUCAGAGACCUGAACCGCUUCCACCACUUUGAAGAUGGAGUCUGCUCUUGUGGUGACUACUGGUAGAUCUUAGGAACAGAAUUCGUGUACCACAAUAUCUUCUUCUGUACUACAGUGCUUUCCACUCAGCUAAAAUCACACAACUAGGCCUGAACUAGUGGAGCAACUGCAAAGGCACAUCAUGAGUGCAAAAAGAAGAAUAACUCAAACAGAAGCAUCCACCGUGCACAAAUAUUGUAGUUUGCUGAGAUAUGCUGAAAUUGCAAGUAAUCCAUGUAAAUUGGUUAACAGGCCUUUCCUUUGCAUCUUCUUUGCAGUAUAACAAUGGAUUAGGUUACCUGCUAUGUUACCAGACUUGAUUAUCUGUUAAACAGCCCAUAACUCUAUGUCAGAUUACUUAAACAGGCAGUAAGAUGGUGUCAUCGGCUUGUUUGUCAUUUGUUUUAGGUCAAGUGGCUAUAUAUUACAAUGGGAUCCCUAUUACAAUUGGUCUUAUACUGUUUUAGACUUUUAGUCUUGCCACAACUCAUAAUCUUCUUCCAGUGUACAAAUCUGUCCAACUUUUCAGCAGUUAUUAUCAGUCGGUCUGACCGACCGGUGACGAAUAGGUCUGCCAUCCCAUGCAGCCUGGCCACUUAGUUUUACUGUUUAGACCGGAUUCUUCAAUCGUACUUUUGUGUAUCAUAAUACCACCAGAAUCAUGUUUAUAUACCAAAUCCAUCUCUGUCAUCCAUUUCGUCAUCCAUCUCUAGAAAAUCGUCGGCAUGCUUUAUACCAUUGGAUAUACAUCAUUGGCUUUUCGGUUAUCUAAUCUUUUAGUAGGUUUAAUGUGCGACAAUGACAUGCUGUAGAAGUUAUAUGGAUAAGGAGGUAAAAACACAUGUUGAGUACAUGAAGAAAUCCCAGCCUGCCUGGAGCCAGCCAAGAUGAGAG